AUAAGAAGAGCGUGGAAUCCCGCACGAAUCACACGUUGGAAAUCGGUAGUAAAUGCCUGAAGAUAGUUAUCCAGCCGGGAGAAGGGGACCCGAGCAACAGGCAGGUGACAGAUCAGGCCUCCACCAGCCACUUCGUCCCUGCCAGCCCUUCCCUGCCUCCCCAGGAGCCGCGAGCAGCCAGAGGCUGUGGGGACUCGGCAAGGGAACUACUUACCAACAAGAUAUUUCUUACAGUGUCUGCUACUUUGAAUACCAGUAUGUUCACUGAAGAGCAAAGGGAGAAAGUUACCAGUAUGUGUCCAAACUUAAAGAGAGAAGGAAAUCCUGGAAUUGAGGGCUUUGAGAAACUGACCGGAGAUUUUACAGAUAUUGAAAAAGCUUAUCACUACUUUAAGGAUAUCCUUGCAGGCAAUGACACAAACCAUGACUUUUCACAAUAUGAAAGUAAGAAUGGUUUGAAAGAAGAAAAUGGUCUGAAUACUGAAGAAAUUAAUGAGCUUAUAGUUUUGACAGCUCUGUAUGAGUAUUUUUGUCAUACCCACAAAGAACAAAUCAAACUACUGCAUGAAAAAUUUGGAGUGUGCAUAAGAAGUAAAGCUCUUCAGGAUAAAACCACAUCAAUACACUUAUCUUCUGAUAAAAAUCCUGCAUCAUUACAAGCAGCUAGAGAUUUAUUUAUCAAUACUUUUCAGAAAAGUGUAGAAGAUCUGAAACAGGAAAAAAUUCCCACAACAGACAGGUACACAUUAGGGGAGACAAUAAUGAAACUAAAUGUAAUGUUUAGUAGUCUUCUUGCUAAAGAGGAAGGGAAUCAGUUGCUACUCCUUGGUCCAGCAAGAGAGGUUUUAGCUGCCAAAAAAUUUCUAGCAGAGGAAAGUGAGAACAGACAAGUUGUAAAGAAUAUGAAAAUAUCAUCUGAACUGUACAAAUACAGGAGUGGAAUUGAAGUUGAUGCUUCUGUGUUUAAAUUGCUGGAAACAGUAUUAAGCAAAGAAAUGGAAAUCAUUAAAGACAAAUUUGAUACAGUCAUAGAAACAAAAGAGAAUUCCUAUGGCCAGAAGAUGCUCAUACUGUUUAGGCCUAAGUCAAAAACUUCUGAUAUGUCGUCACAUGCUACAGAAAGUUUCAUCAAUGCAUUUCAGAGGGCCUCUGCAAAGCUAAGAGAAACACUCAUCAGCUCGAAGCUUUCAGAAGAUCAGAAGAAAACCUUCAAUGUGCCAUUUAGUGGAAAACAACUCAAAGAUCUUCAUGCAAAUCUCCAGAAAAAUGAAGAUAAAUUAAUCUUAAAUGGUUUCCCAGGCCAUCUUUAUGCUAGUGAAAAGCACGCUAUGGACCAUCUUAACACUGAAGAGUCAGCACAAACUGGAAAUAAGACACCAUUGUCCUCUGAUCUCAGCUCUCAAGGAGCUACAGGAGCAUCUAAGAAGAAAUUCGAUGGCAGGCAAAAGAAUAGUCUUUCUUCUGAAGGACAGGCUAAGGCACAGACAGAAGAAAAAGACGAGUGUCCUAUUUGCAUGGAGAGAAUCAAUAAUAAAGAAACACUGAGGAAGUGCAAACAUGCAUUUUGCAAGAGUUGCAUCUCCCAAGCCAUGGCUUACAAGCCAGCCUGUCCUGUUUGUAAUACUGUCUAUGGAGUCUUGAAAGGAGAUCAACCAGAGGGAACCAUGUCAACCACAGUGAUGCCUUUCUCUCUCCCUGGUUAUUCCCAGUAUAACACUAUUCAAAUUGAAUACAAAAUGAAAGGUGGUAUUCAAACUAGCAACCAUCCAAACCCAGGGCAAUAUUAUGAUCAAAUUCACCGAACAGCAUAUUUACCUAACAGUAAGGAAGGGCAAGAAAUUCUGGAGCUCCUCAAGAGAGCCUUUAAACAAAAAUUGAUUUUCACAGUGGGGCAGUCACGAACUACUGGUGCAGAAGGUGUUAUCACAUGGAAUGAUAUUCACCACAAAACUAGUGUCUCAGGGGGACCUACCAAAUUUGGCUACCCUGAUCCUGAUUAUCUGGAGCGAGUUCGGUCGGAAUUGAAAGCAAAAGGAAUUGAAUAA